AUGUCCUCCUGGAAACUGACUGACUCUUUGCGCCGCGAGAUUUACAAGCUGGCCCGUGUGCCACAGACGGGCGUGUCGCUGCGGCAGAUGGUCCAGUUUGGCCCGCAGCCGUCGCCCGGAUCGGUGUUCCAUGCGUCCAACUUCAUUGUCGAGGAGCUGCCGAUCCGGCUCAGCCACCGCGUGAAGGAGCUCGAGGAGCUGCCGUCGGGGCUCAACAGCGACCCGUCGAUCCAGCGCGUGCGCGACUGGUACGCCCAGUCGUUCGAGGAGCUCACGUCGCUGCCCAAGCCGUCCAUCAGCGACGAGAUGCGCGCAGUGCUGUACCCGAUGUCGCCAGAAAAAGUCGCUGCGCCGGGCGUCCACUCUGCCGCACGCCCCACCAAGUUCGAGGACGACGGCAUAGUGAUCGAGCAGCUGCACGCGCGGCCCCGCGACGAGACAGACCACGCGCCCAGACGGCAGCCGACCCGGCGCGCGUACUACGUGCCCACGCCGUCGGACGUGUCGUACACCAGCGACGUGCUCGACUACAACAAGCUCGUCAACCAGACGCUCGUGAAAAUCAAGAAAAGACACGACGCAACCGUCACCACCAUCGCUCGCGGCGUGCAGCACUGGAAGCACAAAAAUAAUUUUGCGUAUCUGGACGGCAGCAUCAACCAGUUUCUCGACCGGUUCUACAUGAGCCGGAUCGGGAUCCGGAUGCUGAUCGGCCAGACCAUCGCGCUGUACGAGCAGAGCACCAUGAACAUCACAAACGACAACUACGUCGGCAUCAUCUGUCUCGACACCAACGUGAUGGAGAUCGCCCAGGACGCGAUCGACGCGGCCCGUUUCGCGUGCGAGGAGCACUACAACAUCAUGGAGGCGCCCAGGGUCCAGCUCUGGGCGCCAGAAGACCUCAACUUCAUGUACGUGCCGGGCCACCUCGUGCACAUGUUGUUCGAGACGCUGAAAAACUCGCUCAGGGCCACCGUCGAGCACCACACCUCGCUCCACCCAGAUAAGGACAUCGAGGACAUCGAGUUCCCGCCGGUGAAGGUGGUCGUGUCGGAGGGCAACGAGGACAUCACCAUCAAGGUCAGCGACGAGGGCGGCGGCAUCCCGCGCUCGGUCGUGCCGCUCAUAUGGACGUACUUCUACACCUCUGCGAACAAGAUCGUCGAGCCUGCCAACGGGUACAAGCCGCCGUUCAUGGGGCUCGGCGUGGGCCUGCCGCACAGCAGACUGUACGCGCGCUACUUUUCCGGCGACCUCAAGCUCAUCAGCAUGGAGGGCUACGGCACAGACGUCUACUUCCACCUCAACAGGCUGUCCUCGUCGUCGGAGCCGUUGCAGUAG